AUGAAAGAACUUGCAGAUUCACAUCGAACUACAUUUGCAUCUUUGAUGCAACGUUCAACAGUGAUGUCAAUUUUCGAUGCCGUCCGAACUGGCAACGGUAUCCUGGUAGGAGAAUUGAUAGACAAGAAUGAUGGGGUUGACGUCCAUGAAAGUGACGAUGAGGGAGAAACAGCGCUGCACAUUGCCUGCCGCAAAGGCAACUAUGCACUGAUCAAAAUGUUGUUGUUGGCAUAUGGGGCUGAUGUAAACACUUUCAGCGGCCCCAAUAACAACCAAAGAAGAAUGACAUGCUUGCAUUGCGCUUCGAAGAAUCAAUAUCCCGAAAUUGUCCUUCUGUUGCUCAAACAUGGCGCAGAUAUUGAAGCCAGAGAUGAGGACGGUUGGAGACCAAUGCACUACGCCUGCCGAUUGAAUCAUUUGGAUAUUGUGAGAGUGUUAAUAGAGCAAGGCGCUCAAUUGGAAGCACCAGGGGGCGGCAGUAGGUCAACGCCCUUGCACUUGGCUUGUCAAUAUGGAAAAAGUAGACUUGUCCGUCUUUUGCUAAGAAAGGGCGCCAACGCCAAGACAAGGAAUGCUGAAAAUCUUGGCCCUUUGCAACUUGCAGCUGCAAGCAAUCAUCCAGAGACCGUAUGGGCAUUGAUUCGCAACUGUCCUUGGCUAGUUGCUGUGCUUCGAUGA